AUUGUCAAUUAGGGCUCGGCCAGUCUUGGCAGGAAUGUAGUCGUUCUCUGGCACUAGGGCUAAAUUAGGGCCUGCCUGUGCUCCUGGAAGAUCGAAGGUCCAUAAUCCGCACGCAGCAGAAUGCGAACCCUCGAGCAGGGGAUGGAUGGCUGUCGCGCAAACUGUCACCCCGACGAAAAUGUCUGGCUCCGUUCUCGUUGCCUGCCUGCCUGCCGCAACCGGAUGCUGUCGCUCGUCCACCCGGCCCUCGAGGUCGGCUGCAGCGGACAGCGAGGAUUUCUCGGUGAGCGAUAUGGCUACCGAGAAGCUCACCUGGACAAAAAAGGCAACCGAGGCUCGAGCCAAAUUUAGUGCCCUUCUUCUGAGGCAUUCAUUAUGACGAGAGCUCCUUUUGGCGAAGAAGGGGAGGGCGGUCGACAUGAUGAUCCGGAUCCGCAACGAAAUCUGCCUGGCUGGCGCAUCGGCCAAUGGCCCGCUCUCUCUUGUUGCGAUUCUGUGAGCCUUUUGGACAAGGAGGCAGAAUCCCUGGAGUGAUUAAUCCUGCCAUUAUGAAAUCCCGAGCUAGAGGCCAAAUGCGGAAUCUUCUGAUGCUUCUGAUUUCCCCUUCGCUGUAUUACUCGGUUUUGGGCAUCUUCUGAUGCCAGUUAUUAUCUUAAUCUCGGGAUUCAGUAUGCCGCGACCCAUUGCGUCCUCGGGCUCAAGGACCUGGAGGUCGAGGCAACGAGCGACAUGAAUUGAAAGCCCAGCUCAGAAAAACGGCGAGUUCUCCUCCAGCUUCUGCCUGCUUUCUCCUUCGCACUGCUGCUGCUGCUGCUGCUGCAGCUGCUGAGCAAUAUUGAGCAUUAAUGCGAGAUCAUGUCGGUCGUCAAUCAGACGUGCAGUGAAUCGAAGCCUACGGAGUUUCAGACACUGAAUGCGGCCGGAUGAGCAUCCCAUGUUUCCGUUCUAAUGGUGCUCUAGGCACACUUAUUUCGCUCUACACGUUCGAGCCCUGCAUCGCCAUAACCACGUCCGUGACGCUAGAUCGACAUCUCCAAAUCUCAUUACAGCCCAAGCUUGCUUCUCUCUCCAUUCUCGAAUUAAUUGUCUCUUCGCUCCUCUUAACAUUAACGUCCUCUCCAGGGCACACUUCAAUAAAGUGGGUGAAUUACAACUCCAUCGAGCUACUUGGACAGGAGCUGCCCCCCGUUCCCAGGAUCCAAGGCACGAUUGUGCAUUAGACAGCCUACAAAUUAAAUCCGAACCCGAAGAGUCUAGCAGAGGCAGUUAAUUGUCCAUUACACUCCAGGGAGCAGGCAACAUUCUCGAGCUGAAUUAAUGGUUUUAGUGCUCUCCCUGAAACAUGAAUGGUUCAGUCAUGCAGUUACUUGUUGCAGUUUUGGCCAGCAAGCUGAAGGAUGCUGGUGGAAGAGCAAAGGAGUAUCAGAGCACGAGCACCGUUCCUUCAAGUUUCUUCAUGCCACGAAGAAAAUGUUGACGGAUAGAACAUUUAAGGGAGACUCUGCCUUCACAUCCCAAGCAUGGACAUCAAGAAGUGGCAUCUUAUCGAUCACAAACCCGAGAACGUAGCAUUGGUGGACAGAGUGCUUAACUAUCUAAAUCCUUUCCGGUGAAUUCUCACUGGUAAUCAAUAACCUAUCACUAAAAAACUCGUCAAAGAUGAUUCUCUUCGUGAUAAAUAUCAUAUCACACACCUCAGUACAUGGUCCAAGGAUGCUACCAAAGAGGUUCAAUAUAUUAAAUCCAAAGCUAAAAGGCUGAUGAGUUAUUACUCGAUUGCCAGCAAUCAAACGACACAUAGAAUUAGUGACGUGCAGAACUUAUUCUCCGGGUUGAGUUACACAUGCGGUAGGUAAUUAGGAGUACACCCCAACUUUCUACAGUAGAAGCGUGUACCCAUGGCUCUGCUCAUGUAGAGCAAUGGAUCAGGUGAUGCUUUUCGGAAUGUUACCAUACACACUUCCAUCUAGAUCGUUUGGUGAUGCUUUGUUUGAUACUGAUGUAAUGUGUAGACAUCAGUGCCUAGAUAAUCAGAACAUGCUACUGCAGGUCAGAUGCUUGUCGUCGUGAUUAUAUCAGACGUAGCCUUAUCCUACCCCUCCUGUGUCAUCCACGUAAGACUUGAUGGGUCCUCCCG